UCAGUGUCAGUGCAGCUGUUGUCAAUUUCCAGUGACGAAAUUCUCAAAGAUUGCGUUUGCGAAUCAACAGCGAUAAUAUGUCAACGAUAUAAUUCUGCCAUUUGUUUGCUGCGUAAUCUUCGAAAAGAUCAAUAUUCCGAUAAUUGACUGAAGACGAAAACAGUGUUCAGAUGGCGCGCAUCGCUUAUCAGUGAACCUGCGUACAUAACUUCGUAUAAGAUUUGUUGUGCGUGUGUAGUGAUCAAACUACUAAGUGUGUAAAUACAAAAAUCUAGAUACACAAUGAGUGAACCACAUAUGAAUUAUAGUGGUUUAACGGGGCCGUCGAUGGCUAAUGUGCCGUUUACAGGGCACGAGAAUAACUUCGUGAAUAGUAUUGCUUCGACAUCUUCUAUGCAAGGCAAUGUGCCCCCUCCUCUGCCGCCUAGGCCUGACAUGAACCUCCAACAGGGCAUGGUGCCUAGCUAUGGCGGUAUGGGAGGGUAUGGCAUGGGAUCGUAUAGCGGGAUGGGGAUGGGGAUGGGGUCUUACGGGAUGGGAUCCUAUGGGAUGGGAGGGUACGGAGGAUACGGUGGAUAUGGUAUGGGAAGCAUGGGAGGUAUGGGCGGAAUGUACGGAGGAUACAAUAGAUAUGGAGGAGAGAUUGAGAGCAGGUUCAUCCAAUUAGCUGAAGAGAGUUCACGGCCAGCAUUUGAGACUAUACAGGGGGUAGUGCAUGCUUUUGGCGGUGUUGCCAUGAUGCUGGAAAGUACAUACUUCGCUUUAACCAGCUCAUUUCGAGCUAUAUUAGGUGUAGCAGAAAACUUUGGUCGAUUGAGAUCUCUCUUUGCCCAGUUCUGGUCCACAUUUGCCGUGAUAAGGACCUUGAACUGGAUUAUCAGGAAGCUGAUGGUUAUCAUUGGUAUUCGGACUGAAAAUGAAUUUAAGGCGUGGGCAGAAGCAGUAGCAGCGACCCAGGACGUGCCUACACCCGGCGCACCUGGGCCCCGCACCUCGGGCUGGCCGGUCAUCAUGUUCCUGGGAAUAGUGGCCGCCGCGCCCUACCUCGUGUUUAAGAUGAUCAGCGGGCUUAACAAGUCGAUUUAUGAAAAUUUACACGACCCAACCACAUGGAAGGCACCUUUCAAAGCGAUCGCGACAUUCACCUUCCAAGCCACUUCUCCCCAAGAACUCUCUAUUCAAGAGAAACAGACUUUCGUGGUAGCCCCCCAGCACUUACAACCACAGCUCUGGAACACAGGGUGGCUCAUGGCUUCCAUAGACGGGAAGACCGCGGGCCUGGUACCUACUAACUAUGUCAGACUUAUCGCCCCUACAGAGAAGGAUAAAGAGGUGAAACCUAAGGAAGUAGAAGUUAAGGAGAUAUAGGUGCAAAAGGGAAUAUUGGGUUAGAAUUGUUUAACAUUAUGUUGUUUGUGAAAAGACUCGGUAAAAUGAAGAUUGAAAGAGAUCUUUGUGAUACCAAUUGGUGGUUUAGAUGUUUUGUUUCGCGAAAGCGGGUGAUUUGUAGGUACUUGUGUUUGUAAGUACCUACACAUGCACAUAGUCUUUGUAACAGUCCUGGAUUUAUGAAUAGGCGACAGAUUUCAGAAUAUAAAAUUCAAACACUGGUUUUAUCAUGGUUUUUUUAUGUACUUUAAAUAAAAAAGGUCCCCUUGGCCGAAUUUACUACAAAUGGAAAAUUAUUAAUUGUAAGAUUUGUACAUGGGGCGGCGGAAAUAAUUAUUAUUUUAGUUGUAAGUUUUAUUUUAUUUUGCUGUGCCCUACAGGGUCCACAAUUGUACCUAGCUCUACGCCAAACAUUCAUUAAGGGAUUGUUCACACCAAACGUAUUGUCCGCCGCUGACUGUGAGUAUACUCACUGUCUGCC